CGAAUAUUCAAACAAACAAAUCACCACAGUCAAUUACUAAAAAUAACCAUUUCAAAUGCUUGCCGAUAUCUUCAUUGAUAGCCCCCACCGUCCAUUUUACCACUGGUAGCACGCGUGACAACAGCAUUUCUCCCCCAAGAUGGCUUCGCAGGGUGUUAAACAUAGGAGAUACAGGAAGAAGAGCGACGACAUGUCACUGCUGAGGGACUGGAGAGGUGCUCUCCAAACUCCACAUGUCUACCGGGUUGGAAGUAGCUCGGUCAGGGUCCAGACUCAAUGUUUAAUUGCACUAGUUAUAUUGUUCGUGCCACUGGUGUUCUACGCAUAUCCCAGGAUAAUGAAUAAUGACUGUCACUCCAAAAUUAACUGCAGAGAAUGCUCUGAUCAUUAUGUUUACAAUUCCACGUAUCCACUGACAGCUCCCAGCAAGUCAUCAGCUGGUGUGACUUAUAAAGUUUCAAUAAUCAGUGAUUUGGAUACUGAUUCGAAGGUACAGGACAAAGGGCUCUGGGUCAGUCAUGUUAAAAAAGGAGUAUUGAUGUGGAAACCCAAGGAGCGGAGGAUUUCCUUGCAUUUUGAUGAGAAGCAUAUCACUCUCUCCUCGAAUAUUGCUAUGAAGGAUCGGGGUAUGGAGCUAUCAGAGUUGGUUACCUUCGAUGGAAAGAUCUUAACCUUUGAUGACAGGACCGGCCUUGUUUUCUACCUCGAGAGGGAUAAAAUUUAUCCUUGGAUCAUACUUAUGGACGGAGAUGGGAAGACUGCUAAAGGUUUUAAAUCCGAAUGGGCAGCAGUUAAGGAUAAUUUACUCUAUGUGGGAAGCAUGGGGAAAGAAUGGACAACACCCGGUGGAGAUUUUGUUAAUAAUCACCCAAUGUGGAUGAAAAUAAUAUCACCCCGGGGUGAUGUCCGCUCAGUCGAUUGGACCGAUAAUUAUAAGAAGCUUAGGAGAGCUAUUAAUAUCGAAUUCCCUGGGUACAUGCUCCAUGAGUCUGGAACGUGGAGCGAGAAGAGGAAGAGCUGGUUUUUUCUCCCUAGAAGGUGCUCUGGGGAGAGGUAUAAUGAGACAACAGACGAGGUCAUGAGUUGCAACUAUUUACUCACGGCUGAUGAAGAUUUCUCCAGGAUUCAGACAACAAAAAUUGUGGGAAGAAUACCAAUUCGUGGUUUUUCAAGUUUUAAGUUUCUCCCAGACACCGACGACACCAUCAUAAUUGCCCUAAAAUCCGAAGAGUAUCAAGGCCGAACAGCAACUUAUAUCACGGCAUUUACGAUCGAAGGAGAGAUUCUAUUGGCAGACAUGAAAAUAGCUGAUUUGAAAUUCGAGGGUUUCGAAUUCGUAUGACGCAGCUACCGAAUUUAGGAGAAAUUGGAUUAAAAGGGGCAUAAACACUCGCCACGAAUUACUGUAAAUAUGUACAAAAAAGGGGGCGGGGGGGAUUGUGUUCUCAACGACUUCAAGAAAAAGCGAAUUACAAAAAUUAUCUACGUGUCAAUUUCAGUGGACUUCUGUUCAAGCGAAUGUAUUGUUUAUCGCUUUUGAUAGGCUAUUCAUGCAAUCUGUAUUGAAUGUCAAUCUUUUUGUAAUAAAUAAUGAAAAAAUUGUGGAUGACGCGCAUAAAAAAUUUUAAUACGAAA